AUGUAUUGGCUCCCAGACUCCGACUGUUUCGGUUUCAAAAUUAAUUUUGACUUUCCAGAGUGCACGACGAAAAGGACCUUACUGGCUGCUAUCGCGCGUCUUUUCGAUCCCUUAGGUCUGAUAGCUCCGGUCAUCAUCGUUGUGAAGCUCAUUUUAAAGGAGGUUACUUCGGUCAAGGUGGCGAACAGCGAGGGAGUGCAGGUGUCGUUGGACUGGGACUCACCGGUGCCGGCAGUGAUUCUGGAGCGUUGGCGAGCGUUUCUCUCCGACCUCCCAGGAAUCGAGGACAUCGCCGUCAGUCGGUGGACGGAGUACAAUCUCGCCUCUGUAGCCGUUCUGCAGUUGAAUGCCUUCUGUGACGGGUCGUCGUCGUCGUAUGCUGCCGCUGUUUACCUGCUAGUCGAGAACGUCAACGGGACCGUCGGCACGACCUUGCUAGCGGCCAAGACGAAGGUCACACCAGUCAAGCCCUUAACGAUACCCAGGACAGAACUGAGCGGAGCAGUACUGGCAGUCAAGCUUGUCUUUUGGACGGAAGCCACUAUCGUCUUGCACUGGCUGAAGGGAGACUUACAAAGGUGGAAGACCUUUUUUGCCAAUCGAGUGGGAUUCAUCCUGGACUAUUUUGACUCAAGUCAAUGGCGGCACGUGGGUACCGAAGGCAACCCGGCGGACUGCGCGACCAGAGGACUGACAUCGAAGGAGUUGCAGAAUUUUGCCUUGUGGUGGAGAGGGCCAGGCUGGUUGUCGCGCGAGCGAGAUUAUUGGCCGAAGCAGUUUCCCAGCUCGAUCUUAUCAUCCGAGCCAGCGCUGGAAGCGAAAGCGGAUAAGCUCCGGAUACACCAUGUCUCUCCAGUCCCUUCAUUUGUCGCCCGUUUUUCCACGUAUAAUCGAGCCGUUCGAGUGGUCGCCUACCUAAGGCGUUUUGUUUACAACACUUCGCACAAGCCGAGCCGACGCGCAGGAGCCUUGAGUAUACCCGAGCUCGACGACGCCAUGUUCUGCAUAGUAUGGAUGGUCCAGAAGGAGUCUUUCGCGGCGGAACUUUGA